GCCCCCACUCCCCUGAAGAUUGCAGCCAGGGCCGACCCUGCACUCACCCCGUGCGUGAGCGCUGUUUGAAGUGAACGCCAAUCAUGUCAGGCCGAGGAAAGCAGGGAGGUAAGGUGCGGGCUAAGGCGAAAUCUCGCUCCUCCCGGGCUGGUUUGCAAUUCCCGGUGGGCCGUGUGCACCGGCUGCUCCGCAAAGGUAAUUAUGCUGAGCGGGUGGGCGCUGGCGCCCCGGUCUAUAUGGCUGCGGUGUUGGAGUAUCUGACCGCUGAGAUUCUGGAGCUGGCUGGCAACGCGGCGCGGGAUAACAAGAAAACCAGGAUCAUCCCCCGUCACCUGCAGCUCGCCAUCCGAAACGAUGAGGAGCUUAACAAGCUCCUGGGGAAAGUUACCAUCGCUCAAGGGGGUGUCCUGCCCAAUAUCCAGGCCGUGCUGCUGCCCAAAAAAACCGAGAGUCACAAGGCUAAGAGCAAGUGAAACCCAACGCACAAGAAACCGGAAUCUUUACUCCAAAAAACACACCAACCCAAAGGCUCUUUUUAGAGCCACCCACAAAAAUCAAAAAAGAACUGUUAUCGCUCACUUUUAUAGUAGUAAACAAUACGUUAAUAGAAAAUAACUAUGCUUUUACUGUUCUUGUGAAAUAUUAACCAGCAGCACUUCGGUUUGCCAUCUGGUGUUAAGUACAAUCUUCUCUACAUUAUUUCCUCACCAGGGUGGUAAAGCAGCGUUCAUAUAAUGCCUUUUUCCCCUUAAAAGAUCGAGCUAUGCGGAUUGUUACGAGCCAAUCCUUGCACAGCGGAGCAGGCUUUUCAAACUUAACCCUGUUCUCACCAGUAGACUAGAAAAGGGAUUCUUGUCUAUAGGUGAUUGCCAAAUUUCUCCUUACCCCCACCUGGUGGCCGAAGCUACAUUCUCUCAGGCGCACACUAACUCCUCUCUUCCCUCUCACAAGAAGCGUGGUUACAGUCGCUCACUCCCCUAACAAUUUAUAGAGGGACGCUUGACUCCAGUCCUAGUAUUGAAUUUUCUUAGUACAACGAACCACAAGAAAACGAAAGCUUUACAAUCGAUUUGUAAAAGUGUUCCCAUUUAUUUGCUUUCUAGCAAGGGCGUCCGCUCUAGGGCGCGAAUGACACAAAUAAACCCCCUUUCCUGGGUGCUGCUUCAUGUUCACUCCCAAUGAGCCCACCAAAGUAUGAUUUAUUGGUCCCUUUCCUGUGAUUUUAAGGGGCAAGAUCGAAAAGGGAAUUUCUCCCUUCCAUGAAAAGUACCGUGAGGUUAUUAAUAAACGAACCUCGUCAGCAAUUUUGGGGCAGGAAUGGAUGGUGUUGGGUUUCUUUGAAUGACAAGAACCUUCUUUCAUUUCACUUUUUCCUGGGCACCACCUUCUUUGCCUUCAUCUUUUUCUUAGCUUCCGAUUGGCAGCCUUGGGCUUCAACGCUUUGACUUCUUGGCCUGGGUCGUUUUUAACCCUUUCCGGGCUCUUGGCUGCUUUCUUGGCAUUUUUUCUGGCUCCUUUUCGCGAUCUCAGACUUGGGCAGCUUCACAGCUGGUUUCGUAGGCUCUGCCGUUGUUUGUUUUGGGGUUGGUUGGGUGUUUGGUGGGGUUUGUGUUUUUGUCCCCUCCACUCCUCCUAACCGGCAUACUUUCCUUGUUCUCUCCCGACUUCCUGCUGAUUUUGAAGAAAUGAGAGGCCCAGGUGCUUUGCUCUGAACCAAGAUGCCCCCGGUCACCAGACACUUGAUGCCACUGUUGCUUUUCUCCACAUCGUACCCUCUGGCGCGCCAGCUAAGAGCAGCCAAAGAGAGCUCUUUGCGCUCCUUAGAAGCAGACACUGCCUUGGUGAUCAGCUGGGACCCGAGGACUUACGGGUUUUGAAGCCUCCUGCCGCCUUCUUCAGCUUUUCAGCGGAGGCUUCAGCUCAAAGAUCAGACACAGCCGGAGCAGCAAGAAGCGCUGUUUCCGACAUACUGUACUAACAGAAUUUUUCUGUAACUCAUUUAAGGCGGGGGGCGGGGAGAGAGCACAGCUGGCGCCUGUUGGUCAUACACCAGAGGUAUUCUGUGAUUGGUGCAUUAAGGAGCCCGACCGGGAAGGACUUUUCUGCCCACUCAGGGUUUCGGUUUGUGGGGUUUUUUUGUUGGUGGUGUCCCCCCCCCCAGUUAAAAAAAAAGUUUUCUUUUUCACAAUAACUGCCAUCGAGUCAUUUGAUUUUACAACUGGGUGAAGGGGAAGCAGGGUAUUUUUAUUCAGUAGGGCUUCCCAUUGGAUAAACUAAUGACGAGGUAAAGAAGAACCGAUAAAUUAAAACUGUACCCUUGGAAAUAAAAUUACAACGACAAGGGAAUCCGUCUUUAAAGGGUUUCCUCCAAAUCAGGGUAAAAAGGUUAUGAUUUCAAUUUUUUUUUUUCAGUUCAAAUUGAUUUUGAAGAGAGGGGACCGACUUCCUCUGAAUUUUGAAUAUGAGAGAAGAAUUGGUUCCCUUAACCAAGUAUUUUACCUCCUAAACACAGUAAAUCUAUAUAUGUAAUUGUCAUAGUGUACAUUUAUAGAUAUUCCAAUACAACAUAAAAAGUUAUUUUUAAGUUUUAAAGACAUUUUAUUGUUGUUUGAAUUAAUUAAAUUCCAAUGCAUACCUUGUUUAUUAAAUGCAAAAAAGCAAAGUAGUUGUUAGAGUAAUAUUUUGUAUGUAUUCUCAAAAGCAAGAAAGAUUAGGGUUUUUUACACCAUUAUUUAUGACAACAUAUUGCUAGUCAGAAAUUGUUGCUGUAAAAACCUGACGUUAUAUAGAGGACACUAAUUAAAGAUCAAAAUGCU